UAGAAUAUGCAAAUGAUUGGGUGACGUCAGGCAGCUCUGGUCCAAGCAGCAGAAAUAGGGCAGGAUUCAGCAUUUACACCUCCUAGCUCCUGGAUUGCGACUGACACCAGCGCCAAGAUUGUGUUGUGAUUUUUUUUUUCGAUUUUUUUUUCCCGGUCUUUCGUUUACUCCCCCUUGGUUUUUCCUCCUUCAGGCUCCAGCCUUUCAUGAUUUCCUUCCCUCUCCCCCACAAACGCUCCUGCAGACUUCUGUAUCCUUCCUCCCCAUAAGGAGAUUUAAAAAAAAAACCCAAACACACCAAAACUCUGACAUCCUUUUCUUCUUCUUCUUCCAGCUGCUACAGGCUUUAAACUGUGCUCACUCUGCCACGGGAAUACUACAGACUUGAAAUAAUGAAAUCAAGAAGCUUUUGGUCACUUCUGGUGUUGCUUGAGGUCUUCCUGUCCGUCACUUGUGGGUGGAUGGAAUCGGACAGGAUCAGAAGGCUUUAUGCGGAUGCAGGGAGAUUGCAACAAAAGGAAUCCAGAAGCUUUGAAGGCACAAGAAGAAAAGUGCUUUAUGGGCAAGAUGGCCUACAUGCAUCAUGUGAAAAAAAGUACUGUGGCCGGGGAAGUAAGUGUGUUGUUAACAAGGAGACUAAUCAGCCUGAAUGCAAAUGCCUAGAAGACUGCAAACCUAGUUAUAUGCCAGUAUGUGGAUCUGAUGGCAAAUUUUAUGAAAAUCACUGUGAACUCCACCGAGCCUCAUGCUUGCAGAGGAAGAAAAUCUACAUUAUCCACAGCAAAGACUGUUUCUUCAAAGGUGACACUUGCACAAUGGCAGACUACAGCCGUCUUAAAAGCAUACUCCUGGACCUUCAAGCUCAUCACCACAGCCAGCUGAGCAGCCCUGUAGAGGACAGAACAUCCCAGAAGCGCUUGUUAGUUGAGGACAUGUUUAAGUACUUGGAUAUAAACAGUGACGGACACCUCAGCAGCUCUGAACUGGCUCAGCUAAUGGAGAAAGAAGCUCUAGAAGAUGAUUUCUUGGACUGCACGCUGGAAGAUCUUCUCCGAUUUGAUGAUUACAACAAUGAUGGUUACUUAACCCUGCAAGAACUCUAUACUGCAUUCCAGGUGGUUCAACUCACGCUUCCAGAGGAACAGAAGAUUAGCGUUACCACAGUAACAGUUGGACUGAGCGCUGUAUUGACCUGUGCCAUCCAUGGAACUCUUAAGCCCCCAAUUAUCUGGAAACGCAAUGGAAUCACACUGAACUUCUUAGAUUUGGAAGAUAUCAACGAUUUUGGAGAAGAUGAUUCCCUCUACAUCACCAAGGUAACAACUAUUCACAUGGGCAAUUACACCUGUCAUGCCUACGGCUAUGAAGAGUUAUAUCAGACCCACAUCCUUCAGGUGAAUGUGCCACCAGUGAUUCGUGUAUAUCCUGAAACUCAGGCACAGGAACCUGGCGUAUCCGCAAGUCUCAAAUGUCACGCUGAAGGCAUUCCUAAUCCCAGAAUUACCUGGCUAAAAAAUGGCAUUGAUAUCAUGCCAAAAUUAUCCAAACAACUAACACUCUUAGCAAAUGGAAGUGAACUUCAUAUCAGUAGUGUUCGAUAUGAAGACACCGGUGCCUACACAUGCAUUGCUAAAAAUGAAGUGGGAGUGGAUGAGGACAUAUCUUCUCUCUUCAUCGAAGAUUCAGCCAGAAAGACUCUUGCAAACAUACUGUGGCGAGAGGAAGGCCUAAGUGUGGGAAAUAUGUUUUAUGUCUUUUCCAAUGAUGGGAUCACAAUCAUUCAGCCAAACGAAUGUGAGAUCCGAAGACAUAUCAAACCCAGUGAGAAGAUUUUUACAAGUUAUGAAGAGAUCUGUCCUAAAGUUGAAGGUGGACCUGUGCAGUCCUGCCUCUGGGCUUCAGCUGUCAAUGUCAGAGACAAAUAUAUUUAUGUGACACAGCCCAAGCAGAACAGACUAAUGAUCAUUGAUAUCCAGACACAGAAAGUCAUGCAGUCUGUGGAUGUUGACCCCCUACCAGCCAAAUUACAUUAUGAUAAAUCACAUGACCAAGUCUGGGUCCUUAGCUGGGGGAACAUGCGGAAGUCCCAUCCAACACUGCAGGUAAUAUCAGAGGCAAGUGCAGGGGAAAAUCAGCAUAUCAUCCGCACGCCAUUUGAAGAUGUGGAUGAUUUUUUCAUACCACCUACAAAUCUUAUUAUUAAUCACAUUAGGUUUGGUUUCAUCUUUAACAAAUCGAAAUCUGCAGUUCACAAAAUUGACCUGGAAACUGUGACCCACAUCAAGACUAUCAGCUUCAGAAACUAUGGCUGCAAACCACAGAGCAUGGCUUAUACCCAUUUGGGUGGCUACUUCUUUGUCCAAUGUAAAAAAAAUACAUCAAUAAUAGCAUCUCCCCAGCUCAUUAUUGACAGUGUUACAGAUUCUGUGAUUGGCCCUAACAGUGACAUAUCGGGUACGCCCUAUAUUUCCCCUGAUGGACGCUAUUUGGUCAGUGCAGCUGAAGACAGUGGCAGGAUUAAAGUCCAGGCAAUAACCGUCCAAGGGGAAAUCAAGUUGAUUUAUGACUUACAAACAAAUGUACAUGUAUCUGAUCUGACAUUUCAACCCUCUUUCACUGAAGGCAAUCAGUACUAUAUAUAUGCUACGUCACAUUUGCAAACAGAUGUGCUUUUUGUAGAGCUGUCAACAGGGAAAAUGAAUGUACUGAAGAAUUUAAAGGAGCCUAUCAUGUCCAAAGACUGGCCCUGGAGCAGCUACAACAGAAUUAUGAAAGACAGUGGAUUAUUUGGACAGUAUCUUAUUACACCAGCUAAGAAUUCACUGUUUGUUAUUAAUGGGAGACAAAACACAUUACACUGUGAGGUUUCAGGUAUCAGGAGGGGUAACACGGUGGUCUGGGUUGGAGAAGUAUGAAAGGGCACAAAAGUAGAGCCUGCAGCAGACAAGUACUGAUUGGACCUUACACUGCAACAAAUAGGCAGUAGCAUUGUAUAUUUUUACACGGGGGGAAAAAACUGUAUAAGCUUCAUGGUGCAACACUGGUCUACUUGCAAGUUUUAUAGUAUAAGGUAUGCUCUGCUAAUAGAAAUUGGGUUGUGUUGGGAUAUUUUUUGGAAGUAUGAUUUACUGCUUGGCUUAUGAAAAGAAUGUAUACCUGGAAAGAGAAUCAUUUCUCCACCGAGGUAUUGAAUAAGCUGCAUAACUUGAUGAUUCUGUAGAACAAAACAGCUUCUGAGUUUCAGUACUGAUGAGUCUCUAAAUUAUGUUGAAGUCAUCAGUUUUCUUUCAGCCAAUCUAACUUCAAAUCACCUGUACUUCUGACUGUAGGGCCCUGGUUAUACUACCCUUAACAUUGCCUAAACACGUAAGCAGUAAAUCACAUUUAAAACUGGCCUUUGUAAUAAGAAAAAUAAAUCACAGAGAGCAGUUUUCAAAAUGCAGACAUCUAGGUGAGAAAUUUAAUGGAAAAUGAUCCGUUUCCUUUGAGGGAUGGUGUUAGAAGAAUUCUUUGAUGUAAUUUCAGACCCAAACAUGACAGAAGUAUCUACGGUCAGUUCUUCUUUUUUUUUUUUCUUUUUUCUUUUCUCUCUUUUGCUAUUGGAAUACCAAAAGGAAUGCAGUAGUAUCACCUCUUCCAGGGUGUAUAAAGAACAUCGUCUGAUUGUAUUUGAGAAACUUCUUAGUGGAAAAAUUGGGGAUGGGAAGGUGACUUUGAAAACCAGAAAACACUGGUAGUCAGAUAUGCAGAAUCUAUUCUAUCAGGAGAUAAAGCACUCUUCCUUCAGUACCGUGUGACUCAAGUCAGAUAGGACAUAGUGUGAAAAAUCAUUUCCUGCCUGCCAGAUAGCAUAAUAGCCGGGCUUGUUCCCAAUGUAGGCAGAAACGUUUCUAGAAAUUAUUCAUUUCCCUCAUUAGCAAUUUACCAACACUGAAGUGACUUGGUUCUUCAUAAAACAAUGGCUACAUAUCCAACUCCAUCUCCACCAGUUUCAGUAACGUAUUUUUAACAAAGCAUUCACCCAUUAUAAUUGUAGUCUUAAUUUACAUGUCUCUCGUCAAAGAUUCUGGAAAAGAUUAUUUUUGUGUUGCCUUUUUUUUUAUAUUACACUUCUUUAUCUUCAAUUACCAUUUAGUUAUGAACAAUGAGAUUCAUGUAAAAACCAUAUAAAUUACCCCAGAAUGCAACAGCUAGCAGUGAGAAAGUUAAGUUGAUUUCCCAUAAAAAUAAACAUCCAUUUGCACUUUUAUAGACAUAUAAAAAGCUUUUCUCCAGUUCCAUUUAGUAGCUUUCAGUGUUCAACAUCAUGAAAUAAUCAGGACAAGUGUAGUUAUGGGUAACUUUUCAAAGUGGUGCAAGCCAGACAAGUACUAUUAAAAACAGUAAGAAAUGAGCAGCUAAAUCCCACACACUGCUUUGAAAAUGUAAUCUUGAUAUUAGUGCAAACUCCCUUUUCUAGGGACGGCAUCUUUACAUCAUAGCAGUUGGCCUUUUGAAUUACAUGAAAGUACAACUAUGCUCUAGCAUGACCUUGACUGCCCAAAGUUUAUACGAAAGAAGUUGUUGAAUAUAUACGGUGAUACUUAAAGGUGCAGUAACUAUUUUCUAACAUAAAUGUUUGUCACCCUCCUCAUAAAAAAGGAUUUUAAGUUGGAAGGACACAGAGUAACACUGAUAACAUUGCUUUAAGCAUUAGCUUUUAGGCUGACUAUAGACAUCAAGUACUUUACAACCAUCUUAGUUCUCUAAUGAUUAGUAUAAAUCUGUUUGGACAGACGGAAAAAAGGCAAUGAAUCCUAUGAAUUCAUUAGAUAUGAAAUCCUUUAAAUUGCCCUUUAACAUCGAUAGGAUGAAACCUACAUAUUUUCUCUUAAGAGCCAUAAAGGUUAGAAGACAUUAUCCCAUCAUUAAAACAUGGACAUCCCUUCAUUUAGAAAUGCCUGGUGCUCAUGGUUCUCUACUCAUCUAGUGAGGAAACAUACACGUGUAAGGAAAGGAGGAGAUCAACUUUGUAAGUACUUUUAAAUAUGCACAACUCCUUUCUAGAACAAAGCUGUAUCCAUACAUUGCACUCAUCCUAAACGUCUUUUAGUAGGCCAGACCACUGCGCUAGUGUUAUCUUUUAUGACUUCUUGAAUAUUUUAUUAUGCCUAUUGUACGUUUUCUUGUAGAGAAGUUCAUUGUGUCAUAGAUCAAGCAAAUAUUACUUUUUUAAGAAUAUUUUAAAAAAAUGUAAAUAUCUGUUCAGGUAAAUAUUCUUACAACUGGUGUAUACAGGCUGUGAAGGAUGUGUAAUGGCCCUCACGUCUUUCAGUUUGUCUCAAAAUAUUGAACUAGAGGUCACUCAAACUCCCACUUUUACCUUCCAAAGAUGCUCCCAUUUUUCCUUCCGCAGCCCAAGUUUUGGUGAUGUGUUUUCUAAAUUAUCCUAAUGGUUAUAUCAUACUGACUUAGACAAUGAAGUACAAUUUAGAUUGUCCACGCUACUUGUGAACAGUUCCAAUCAUGGUCAAUCUAACAUUAAAGUGCUGCACAUUUGUUAUUCUGGAUUUUUUUUCUUAUGCCACAAAGAUCACCCUUUUCUCUGUACCAGAAAGGUUUAACUUGUGUUUGCCUUUGAUUGCAAGCAUAUUAAAUCUCCUUGAUUGCA